AUGCAGUCAAACUUCUCUGUCUGCGUGCGCGUCCGGCCUCUUAUUGAGCGGGAAAUUCGAGCGAGAGAGGAGGAAGUCAUUCAGAUUAGCGACGAGUCCAAAGUUAUCACCAUACUGGAGCCCAUGAUCAGUUCAACAGUGGACACCGCAGCCUACGCUAGGCAUAGUUUUACUUUCAACCAGGUCUUUGGGCCAAACGUUUCCCAAGCUCAAGUAUAUAAUCAGCAAUGCAAGCAGAUAAUAGAUUCUGUUUUCCGUGGCUUCAAUGCGACAAUCUUGGCUUACGGACAAACAGGGACAGGAAAAUCCUUUACCAUUUCUGGAACGCCUACAGAGCCGGGUAUCAUACCCAGAGCAAUAGAGGAUAUCUUCGCUAAAAUACACGAGGCAAAAGACACACAGUUUCUUCUGAGAGCUUCAUUUCUGCAACUGUACAAGGAGCAGCUCCAAGACUUGCUGGACACUCGCACAAAGAACUUGCGUAUUAGGGAGCAGCAGACCCAAGACGGCGUUCUGAUUUAUGUAGAUAACCUAUCGGAGUUUAUUGUGCGAAAUCCCCAAGAAUUGUUUCAGCUUCUAGAGCAUGGAGGAAAAAACCGCAAAAUAGGACCCACACACAUGAACGUAGAGUCGUCGCGUUCACACUCCGUUUUCUCUCUCACAAUAGAGCAACGUAGCACCACGUGUGAUGGAGGAAUCAUCUUAUCUAAGUUAAAUAUUGUGGACUUGGCUGGAAGCGAGCGCAUUUCAAUGACUAAGGUUAAUGGAGAGAGGCUUGAGGAGACAAAGAAGAUCAACUCCAGUCUUACGGCUCUGGGGAACGUUAUUGCCGCGUUAAUAGAUCUAGAAAAAGGCAAGAGAAGUCACAUUCCAUACAGAGACUCCAAGCUCACCAAACUUCUCCAGGAUUCCUUAGGUGGAAACUGUAAGACAAUCUUUAUAGCAAAUGUCACGCCAUCCAGUUCUUCUUAUCAGGAAACACUCAACACACUAAAAUUUGCAGACAGAGCACGGAAAAUCCAGAACAAGGCACACAUCAACGAGAAAUUCGAUUCUAAAGUCAUGAUAAAGCGUUACGAGAAAGAGAUAUUACGUUUGCGGCAGGAACUCAAGAUGCUACAGAGCUUGGAGGGAAGUCAGUUGGACGGCAAUGGUCAGCUGUGCCACCAAUCUACGAACAUUGUUUCUACAGAUAAGUACACGGCUGAUCGCACGGCCAUUUACAGCGAAAUAGAGUCCAAGUCAAGAGAGGUGCUUGAGGAGAAGAGCUUGAUAAAGAAGCUGCAAGAUCGAAUCAUAUUAUUGGAAAGCUAUUUACAGGACAACACAGGUCAGACAAGAGCAGUGUCAGAUGAUGCCAACGACUGGGUUGCCAAGCUGAAUCAGAUAGAGCUAGAGCGAAACGAGCUUCUUAAUGAGAAGCGGCACAUUGAGCAGUACAGAGAGAUGUUGCUGAAACAGAAAGAUAUCAUUAUAUCUCUGACAGGAAAGCUCGAUGAAAGAGACAAACAUCUUAGUGAGCUGAAUGAGCAACUAGAGGAGGCCGACGAUGAGCAGCAGAACAUCGAGGAUGAGAUAGUGUAUCUUCGGCGAGCAGUACGGUUCUUGGCGGGAAAGCUGAAGCUUGGUGUCAUCGUCGAUGGCGAGGGCAACCUUUCUGACGAGUUCUGCAGGGAAAAUAAGAUCAAACCCGUGAAGUUUAUGCGAGAGCAGCACGUCUUCAUGGACUUUACCAGCAUUGGGCCCGGACCUAAUGUGGGUUUAGCAUCUGAAUUCCUUGCUGAAAUGAAGGAGCACAGCGAUACCAGUACAGGAUCUACCUGUGAUGGACAGACAUUAGAACAGGAACGAGUCGCAGGGCUCCAAGAGAUUCUAUUAGAAAAGCAGUUGGAGGAAGAGGAACUCCGCAACAAAAUUCUGGGGCUGAAUGCAGAGAUAGCGGCCGCAGAAAAAACGCUUUCAGAAGGCAUUGAGCAGAUCAUGGCCACAGAGCUUGCCGACGGGUCUGCGUCUCGGGAGUGGGGGAGUAACUUUGCAAGUACUGACUACCUGAAAGAACGAGAGCGCUAUGUUCAAAUCUUGAAAGAAGCCAGCCACGAAAGGAGCCUGGUUCUCAAGAUCUUUACAACCAAAUUAAAGCCCAUGCUGGAGUAUGUUGGAACACUAAUCAAAAGUCCGGAUUACAAAAAGAGUGUCUAUAAGCAGAUGCUUUCCUUUGAGAAUUUUGUCCUAGGAACGUCUGAGGCACUGGUAAAUUCUACAGUAGCCCAAAAGACUAAUAAUCUCACCGCAAUCCCCAACGCAUCCGAAAUUGCCCCUGAAAUCCAAUUGUAG